ACCUUUAACUUAGCAGGAAGUGGUUUCCCGAUGAAGUGACAGUUAGCUGCCAUGGCGCUUGAUGUGAAAUCCAGAGCUAAACGAUAUGAAAAACUGGAUUUCCUGGGAGAGGGUCAGUUCGCCACCGUGUACAAAGCCAGGGACAAAACCACCGACACCAUAGUUGCCAUUAAAAAGAUUAAGGUUGGCCACAGAACUGAGGCUAAAGAUGGUAUCAACAGAACUGCACUCAGAGAGAUCAAACUGCUGCAGGAGCUGCAUCAUCCAAACAUCAUUGGGCUGCUGGAUGCCUUUGGACACAAAUCUAACAUCAGUCUGGUGUUUGACUUCAUGGAAACAGAUUUAGAGGUGAUCAUCAAGGACACCAGCCUUGUCCUGACUCCAGCCAACAUCAAAGCCUACAUCCUAAUGACUCUACAGGGAUUAGAGUACAUGCACCAGCACUGGGUCCUACACAGGGAUCUGAAGCCCAAUAAUCUGCUGUUGGACGAUAACGGAGUGUUGAAGUUGGCUGAUUUUGGUUUGGCCAAAUCGUUUGGCAGCCCCAACAGAGUCUACACACACCAAGUCGUUACCAGGUGGUAUCGCUCCCCUGAGCUCCUGUUUGGUGCCAGGAUGUACGGUGUGGGUGUUGACAUGUGGGCAGUGGGAUGCAUCCUGGCAGAGUUGCUCCUCCGGAUACCAUUCCUCGCCGGAGACUCAGAUCUCGACCAGCUGACUAAGAUCUUUGAGGCUCUUGGGACGCCCACAGAAGAGACAUGGCCUGGAGUGAGCAGUCUACCAGACUAUGUGUCAUUCAAAAUCUUCCCCGGCACACCUCUGGAACAUAUAUUUAGUGCAGCAGGAGACGACUUACUAGAGCUUCUACAGAGCUUAUUCACCUUUAACCCCUCGACAAGGACCACAGCAACUCAGGCUCUGAAGAUGAGGUACUUCAGUAAUCGGCCUGGUCCCACUCCUGGCCCCCAGCUCCCUCGACCCAACUGUUCAGCUGAGGCUCUAAGGGAGAAGGAAACAGUCGGACUCAAGAGGAAAAUAGAAGGACUGGAGACAACUGUGAUGAAGAAGAAGCUCGUUUUCUGAACAGAUUGGCCAUGGGGAAUCAGAUGGUUGCUUCCCACAUUACUCGGGAUUGUCCACUGGAAAAAGGACAUUUUCGAGGUUAUAGCUGUUAAAUGAAUUGGGUAUCUGGGCCUGAACUUAGCUCUAUGAAUCAAGCUGCUGCCGUGUCCAGCAAUGGAUGAAUGCCAGAGACCGUCUGUGGUCAGACGUUUAAGCAUCAGGUAAUUCUUCAUCAACGUCUAAACUGGGGGAGCCUGUUGGAUCUUGUCUAUUUAUGUGACUGAGAACAACCAAACAAGCGAGUCUGAAUUAUUUCAUGUAGAUGUAUUUUUAUUUUUUGUAUAUAAGACCAAUAAAUGGUGCGUAUGCAUA